CCUUCAGGCUCCUCUGCCACCACUAUUACGGGCUGAGGCCUAGCCUGCUUCCGGGGGUGGGGAAGCACGUCUCCGCUGGGAGGGGAAAGGAAGGUUAGUUAGUGGGACCUCUUUCGUGUGGAAAGUGCUGCGGUGGAUGAACAGCCGGCUGCCUUGCUUGUGCGAAGCGGAUGAAAACAAACAGCAGGAAUGGCGGCGGUGACGGCAGCAGCCGCGGGAGGCUGGGGGAGGCCGCGGUCUUGAGGCGCCUCCGACCCGCUGCGGCUUCUGUCGGGGAGGCAGGUCGCAGGGCAGACAGAGUGGGUUCCCUUCCUUCGGGUGCAGGCCUCGCUCGCUCAGGGCCUUCCUCGACAGCGCGCCACAGCCGGAGUCCCCGUUCGUGAGCCAACCACGGGCAUUUCCACCCCCUCUCCCUUGGCAGGACCAAGCGCUCGGGAGAGACGCUGCCGGGAGCAGGGCCCGAGUGCUGGCCUUUAGCCUAAGGGCUAAAGCCCACCGCCACUACAUUCACCCUCCCCCGAGCGGCCGUUGUUUGUUUCCCUGGUAGAAACGGGCGACUAAGAGUUGGGACCCCUCUCUCCCGAGACUGGACUGCGAAAAGCUUCGACCCACGCCGGAACUGGGCAGCAUCGAAAUUCCACCCGCUGAGAACGGAGGCGAGUGCUGGGUAGCUCUCUAGACUGGGCUUCCUUGGAGUUAGGGUCUCUUCGUUGGGUUAUUGGGAAGACCUCUCCACAGAAGACAUUGCCCCCUCCACCCUCUGAAAAUAGAAAAGAUCCAGAGGAAGAGGCCCUUUCUCGCACUUUGAAUCAAGAUUUCUCGAAGCCCCACCUGUGGUUGGCCAUGCAGAGGGGCUAGGACAGCCUCUGGGCUCUUCCCCGGAAUGAGACCCCGAACCAUCACCUCAGUCUUCCCCCUACAGAUUUCCAUAUGCAAUGGACACUGAUCUCAGUUCCCAGGAUAGGAAGGACCUGGACAAGUUCAUCAAAUUUUUUGCCUUGAAGACUGUACAGGUGAUUGUCCAGGCCCGACUUGGAGAAAAGAUUUGCACUCGAUCAUCAUCGUCACCAACAGGCUCUGAUUGGUUCAACUUGGCAAUCAAAGAUAUACCAGAAGUUACCCAUGAAGCAAAAAAAGCCUUGGCAGGACAGCUGCCUGCUGUUGGGCGGUCAAUGUGCGUGGAAAUAUCUCUCAAAACCUCUGAGGGGGAUUCCAUGGAGCUGGAAAUCUGGUGUUUGGAAAUGAAUGAAAAGUGUGAUAAAGAAAUCAAAGUUUCCUAUACUGUGUAUAACAGGCUGUCUCUAUUGCUGAAGUCUUUGCUGGCUAUAACAAGGGUGACCCCUGCCUACAGACUUUCAAGAAAACAAGGUCAUGAAUAUGUAAUAUUGUACAGAAUAUAUUUUGGAGAAGUGCAACUGAGUGGCUUGGGUGAAGGGUUUCAGACGGUCCGUGUUGGGACAGUGGGUACUCCAUUAGGCACCAUCACUUUGUCCUGUGCCUACAGAAUCAACCUAGCUUUCAUGUGUACAAGGCAGUUUGAGAGGACCCCACCUAUCAUGGGGAUUAUCAUUGAUCACUUUGUGGACCGUCCCUAUCCCAGCUCCUCUCCCAUGCACCCCUGCAAUUACAGAACAGCUGGUGAAGAAAAUGCAGUAGCAUACCCAUCAGUGGAAGACUCCCAAGAAGCAUGCACCACCUCUUUCUCUACUUCUCCACCCUCCCAGUGUGUGUUUACUGUCACUAAAGCACAUUUUCAGACCCCUCCUCCUGUGGUGAUGGAUACCUUGAAGGGCCCUAUGAUGGGGCUGGCCUUUUCACAUCAACUCUCCAGCUCUCGUCUUUCUUAUCAGCCUGCAGCCCUGGGAGUUGGAUCAACUGACCUGGGCUACCCAGUAGUCUUUGCUGGCGGCUUGAGUGCUGCACAUCCUCACCAGUUGGUUGUUCCAGGGAAGGAUGGAGGACUGCCUUUGAUUACCAACCAACCAAUGCACGGCACUCAGGCUGAUCAUGAGAGAAUGGUAACAUGCAUCCCUUUGGAUGGGGGCCAUUACCCUGCAGUUACUCCAUCUAGUAGUGAGGACACUGAAACGGUAUCAAACAGCAGUGAAGGAAAGAGUGGGUCCCCACAUGAUCUCUUGGAGACCAUCUUUGUCCGGAAGGUGGGGGCCUUUGUCAACAAACCCAUUAACCAGGUGACGAUGGCCAGUUUGGACAUUCCUUUUGCUAUGUUUGCUCCCAAGCACUUUGAACUGGAAGAUAAUGACCCCAUGGUGAAUCCUCCUGAUUCUCCAGAAGUUGAGUCUCCCCUCCAGGGCAGCUUACACUCAGUGGGCUCCAGUGGCAGCAGCAAUGGGAACAUCCAUGAUGAUUUUGUUAUGGUAGAUUUUAAACCGGCAUUUUCUAAAGAUGACAUCCUCCCAAUGGAUCUGGGGACAUUCUACCGUGAAUUUCAGAAUCCUCCUCAGCUCAGCAGCCUUUCUAUUGACAUUGGGGCUCAGUCUAUGGCAGAAGAUCUGGACUCGCUGCCGGAGAAACUGGCUGUCCAUGAGAAAAACGUCAAAGAAUUUGAUGCCUUUGUAGAGACUUUACAGUAAACCUGAGCUCCUUCAGCAGCAUUGAACUUCCUCUUGGACACCUGGGAAAAGGAAGCCCAUACAUUCUGCCUUUCUUCCCUUAGUGUCUUGUUCUGUCCCACUCUACCACCCCAUUUAGUAGGCACUGAUUGCUUUGCCCCGUCAGAUGCAGAAACAAUGGUGUAUAUUUCUUUGAACUUGGUUAUGGGGUGGAUGUGACUCAUUUUCCUCCCUGUUUGGGGUUCAUGUCUAAUACAGUGCAUUAGGAAACAAGAAGAUCACACUCUUUCCCCUUGAGAGUCUUCAGUUUUGCUUCCUCUAUCAACAAGAUGGUAGGAUCUGGUUUCCAGGGGUCAUUCUUGUCACUUGGAUCCUCAAUGCCACCAAGCAGAAAGAAUUCAACAAAACUAUCCUGGGAGCAUUGGACAGAUCCUGCUAGCAUGAGUUCAAAAUACCAGCUUUGCAGAAUUGGCCUCUCUUCAGUGAGUGCAGUUCAGAUAUUAGGCAAGGGGCCAAUGAUUCACUUUAGCACCCUCCACAAGACAAACACAACAUUGCACAUCUAUGUGUGGGAAAUAGAAAGUGAGGGGCCCAGCCUCCCUCCCUAAUGCACAGUUGGGAAGUAAUCCACAGAAGCUGAAAGAAGUGCUUUUCAUGUAUUACCCGACAACUGAGAGUAUGUCAAAGCAUUUCUCUCCCUAAGGCCACAUUUCUGUGGCAUUUGGAGAAGAUUUGGAGUUCAUAGGUCCUGCUUACCAUCAGUAGUUGUAAAUAUGAAUUAGGAAUCCUAAUUCUCUAGGGUUAUUUAAUUAGAGGUCUUUAGUCCAAAGUUAUCUCCCCCAGAUGUUGCUGCUCUAUAAUAAGAUAAACAAGAAAUAUUUAUUACUCUAAAAGAAACCUAUAUUUAAAGAAAAAUUGUAUGUGAAUGUUUUCGCUUUGUUAUGCAGCCAUAUAGGCUGCUCUGUCCUUUGCCACUGCAAGAGUUCUGUACCAAACCCCCUUGUUCUCUUCUCUCCCUACCCCCCACUCAUCCUGCAGGGUAAACCAUAAUAAUAUAUCUUGAGAAAAAGAUAUGGAUAUUCUGGGGACUGAGUUGAUUUACAUUCUGCCCUGUUCGGGUCCAUGGAUGUCAUAAGUAAAAUGCACAUGUCGGUACAGUGAAUUUGCAGGGAGUUUCUAAAAAGCUGGAUUCUGACAGGCUUGUCAAAUGAGCUCACUGUAAUCUGCGGUCAGCUAGAAAGUAGCUUAUUCAUAGAAGCACAUUUUUAAGAGGUUUGUGGUACUUGUUUUAAUCGGCUGGGUUUUGAUUGGCUAAAAGUUUAUUUUUGUAACGAGCUAGCCAUUAAGCAAUGUGAUUGGCUGGCAUUGCUGUGUGUUUGAUCUGCCUGCUCUGUGUCCUUCACCAAAUAAGGGGAAGGGAAGAGACAAGACACUAAGCAUUAGCUCAGGGAUUAGCUGGACUCUGGGCACAACUCCUUCCUUCUUGCUAUCAAAAACCAGGCUGAGGCUACAAUCCUGUGCAAACUAAACUUUCUUGGGAGUAAUUCUCAUUAAACUCCGUAGAAUGCAUGUCUGAGUAAUAUUUAGGAUUGCAUUGUAAGAUGCUGAAAAAAUACCCUUUUUAUCCUCUCCCUACAUCUUUGACAUUACUUCUUAUGACUGUGGGCCUUUUUACGCUUGAAAGACCUUUAUGGUUUCCUGAUUAAGCUAGUGAGAUGUUAACUUCCUGAAUUACACACCACCUUUCUUUAAGAUGAAAGGGUUUGGGUGUGGGGAGGGCUUGUUGAUUUUUUUAUUUUUUUUUAAAUGACAGCAAUUGUCUAACAACAUAGCUUCUGGAGCUUGCUAACCCCUGCUGCUGCAUAGAAGUGAGCAGAAGGUUAAAUUUCUUGCCUUCUAGCAUGCUGAUAUUUUGCGUUACUAACUGAAAUUGUGAGAUGCCUAUUUAUAUAGACUCAAAAAUGGCAUUUUAAAUUUGUAUUCAAAGCAGUUAGUUGAGAUAUCAUUACAUGCCAUUGGUCCAUGAAAAACACAAUCAAAUCCACUUUGUGAGAUCUAAAUUACUACCAGGUAGUUGUUGCCUGCCUGGAGUGAUAUUGACAUCAAACUACCCCAAAAGCCUCCCAGUGAAUCUGCCAGCAAGUAAUGCCAUAAACCUCAUGUCUGCACGAUCUGGGGCUUUAGUCUCAAAGCACCUGCCAAACCUUUUAUCCUUCUAGCCAGUCUGGAAUGUGAAUGCAAGAAAAUUGGUAUUCGUUGUGUUACCCAUGAGGUGUCAAAUAUUUUGUCUAAGACCAGUUAGCAAUAGUACUGCUAUAGAACCAGCCUUCCUUGUUCAAGCAAGUUAGCAUUACAGCAUUAACAACAAUGCUGUUCAGGUAAAUGACUUCAUGGAACAUCCGGCAGCCUUCUGGCAAGUACAUUGCUUGUAGAAGUCCUGAUCCUGCUGUGAUGAUUAAGUGCAAGUUUGCCUCUCUACCUGCCAACUAUGUAGAGCUUACAAGGUUGCUGGUUGCUGUUUUUUGUGCACAUUCCCAUGGAUGAUCCUUUGUGUGUCACAGCACUGCCUCUCUUUAGCUCUUAUCUUCACACCGAAAUGCUAUGUUGCUUAAGAGCAGUUCGCUACAGUUAUUGCUUGUUCAGAUAGCCUACUGUCAGUAUAAUUUUAGACCAAGGUCACAAAUUCUGCAUUGAAGAAUAGAACUACCAUGGAGGUACUGUUGUUGGUAUUCAUUUACAAUAGUUACUGAAUGUUCAGAGCUGCUGGUUUUUUCUUAUAUCAAAAUACAUGCUCCUUUCUAUGUGAUUUUCUGAGUCUUAGUACCUUGCUCAUUCUAAGAGUAAAUUACUCUUUAGGUUCUACUUAAUCAAUAUGUUAAUUUAUUAGCCUAGAUCAGUCCCACUGUGGGAUAGAAUCAACUGAUGCAGACUUUCAAAGAAAGAUAUUUUACUGACCACCUACUUGGCAAUGUACUGCUAUAAAUGAGAAUGUAUAUAUAACUGGCAACUUACAAAUGCUUUGGUUGAAGGGAGAAGGGUCCUGAAUUACAUUUAUUUGGUAAUAGUUUUCAGAAUACUUCAACAUCUAUUCAUAUAAUUUCAAAUAAAACUUUUAUGUAUGUUACUCUUAA